AUGCAAAAUAGAAAAAAUGAAAGCCUUCAUUCUGGAGAGGGCAAGCACAUAGUCUCUACAAGGAGAAAGACGGGCGGAGAGAAUAACUCUCCUGGAGGCGCCUCUAGCGAGAAAGAAGGCAGCACCCACCCAAUACGCGAAUCACUCCAGAAGUCCCCGAAGGAGAUAGUGCAGGAAAACCUUCCGAAGCCCAUAGAUAUCCCACUCAGCAGGGAAAAAGCAGCAGAAAGUUCUUCCGUGGGGAAUCCUGCGAGCAUCUCUUCCAAAAGUUCCAGUAAGACGCAGGAUAACCCUGCAAAUACCUUCCCCAGUGCUCCCCCCAUCGAAAGACUCCAGGAAGAAUAUGCAGAAGCCUCAAGAAGGACCGGGAUCCGGGGAAAAGCCACAGAGUUCUCGGAUAAAAUUCGCAUGAGGCUCUACUACUCCAGGUUCGGCUGGGAAAGACUGGAAGAAAAUGCGACUGUUCUGGGCUCUACUCCCGAGGGAAUCGACACUUUAACUAUUUUUUUAAAGGGCUUUAUAAUUACCCUUAUUAUUCUGCUCGUUGAAUUCUUGUUUUUUUGCAUUUACAAACACGCAUUUUAUGUCUUAGGAUUUUGCGCCGUUGCAGGAGCAAUUAUUCUUGUCAGCAGAGAGGAAGCAGACGGGGGGAGUAAUUUUCUGGCAUUUUCCAUCAUUCUCUUCCCUGCUUUUCUAGUGCUUGUAUUAUUCACUGCGUGGUACUUAUUCGGGGGUAUUUACAUAGGCAUGUGCAUAUUCUGGGCAUUUGACAAGAAGACGUCAGUCUCCUGGGUGGAUGCACUGAUCGUUCUGAUGAUGCCUAUUCCCUCGGUGCUUUUGAGUGUUUUUGAGAGGAUUUCUGUCUAUAUGCUCAAUGAAAUGUGCCUGUUUCUGGCGAUGGUUGCCCUGAUUUUCGGGCUAUUCCUGAAUAUUGCUCAGAUUCUAGCGUGUUUGAAGAGGAGGUUUUCCCCCUUCAUCGAGAGAGCGUGCACUGUCGUAUACCUCCCGGGGUCUGAUCCGGACUCACCCGUGGAAGUAAACAUCGCGGAGAAAGAGUCCGCCCAGGAGAAUAAGGCUAGAAGCCUGCGGUCCUACAUCAGCGUAAGCGAGUUUAUCGUUAUCCCCAUAUUCAUGGCCUCUGCAGUUACUGGCUUGCUUCUGACUUUGCGGUUUCUCUACCUUAAUGAGGGACUCGAGUUUAUCCCGCACGGGAUAUUUGGAGCCUUCCACGGCAUGAAAAGUCUCCCAUAG